AUACGCUACGACCAUGAACGUAUAUAAUGUAUAUAAAUAAAUGUAUAUAAAUACACAUUCAUGCUACGACGGCACGUAAAGAACUAGAGACCUAUGCUUUGAGACCAGUUUCUAUUUCAAGAGGAAAAUAAAGAACUUCAUCUUUCGUGAAAUAAUUAUAUAAGUAUAUAUACAGUCUUUGCACACCUUGUGUCGGCCUUUACAUGUAUAUAUUAUAAAUAUCGCCCGCAAAAUGCAGGUCGUGUUUGCAAACAUUCAAGAGAUGAGAACGUCAAUGCAAGCUAUGGAAUGAAAGACAAUGAUCACGUUCAGAUGGAUUGCAACUUUCUUAUUAGCAAUUUAUUGCUCAAUCCUUGCAGUUCAUAAUCUGAAAAUUGGUGCCUUCAAUGCUGCAGUCUUUGGACAACAAAAAGCAAGAAAACAACGUGUAUUGGGUAUUAUUGCGAAGAUUGCAGUUUGCUACGACAUUUUGCUCCUUCAGGAGGUCCGUGAUGCUACAGAAACUGCUGUCAAUAAACUCUUGAACCGUAUUAAAAAAGACUUUGGUGUGAACUUUGACCUUGUCAGUAGUGAGCGACUAGGACGUUCACAUUCAAAAGAGCAGUAUGUAUUUCUGUACAGGAAAGACAGGGGGAUAGAUGUUACUAGCAGCUACCAUUAUGAUGAUGGUGAUGAAUCAUUUAAAAAUGAUACCUUUGAACGUGAGCCAUUUAUUGUCAAAUUUCGUGCUGAAAACUCAGAAGUGGCUGACUUUGCACUUGUGGCCAUCCAUAUCAAGCCAAAAAAAGCUUAUGAAGAGCUGAAAGCACUUAACGACGUGUACUUAGAUGUCAAGAACAGGCUGUCCAGAAACAUCAUAAUCUUGGGGGACCUCAAUGCAGAUUGCACCUACAUGCCAAAAAAAUAUUGGUCAGACAUUGAUCUUCGCCAGAAUACAGAGCUUUGGUGGCCCAUUGGUGAUGAUAUGGAUACCACUACUUCACGCACACAUUGUGCUUAUGAUAGGUUUAUUAUUGCUGGACGUCUCCGCAAAGCAGUUUUGCAAGAGUCUGUUGGAAUCUUUGAUUUCGCUACAGUUUUAGGUCUUUCUUUAGAAGAGGCUAGAGAAGUGAGUGAUCAUUAUCCUAUAGAACUUGAGCUCAGAGAAAAGACGGCACGGACCACAAGAAGCUCACCCAAAUGCCAAGGCUUUAGAAGUGAUCAUUAUUCUAAAGAAAUUGAGCUCAGAGAAAACACGACACGGACCACAAUAAGCCCACCCAAAUGCCAAGAUGUCAAUAGAGGGAUGGUGCAAAAAGGUUUUUGGUCUUAUUUAAUAAUCUCUUUUGUAGUGUCCACAUGGUAUUGCAACAAGAUGUGUGAUCUUGUUUGAACAGGGGCAUUUUCUAAAAGUAACAUCUAAGCAAGUUAUUGGCUUUUAUGUCACAGAGUUUUACCACUUCCUACCUUCAAUCAUUUUACACACGCAGUUAUGAAAAGUGCUUUUUUUUAACACUUCAAUUUUCACAAAGACUGAACACAUGAGUCUGAUGUAAACUUGUUAACUUCUGUACUGUAAUAAUUAGAAAUUCAAGCCAAAACAGAUGAAUACACUUAAUGAAAUAAUUCUUCCCAUGCCCAAAUAAUAAAAUUACUUAAAACAGAAGUGGUUUGUCACAGUAUUUACAGACUUAUAUACUCUUACAUUUUUCUCAUCAUCCAUUCAUUCAACUAUUCACCAGUUUAUUCACAGCCAACAAAAAUAUCCCCAACAGAAUUCCCACUAACAGCCAUUCCAUGUCAUGUGGAGAUGAUUAACCCUUUUAAAAAUGCAACUGCUGGAGCAUACCCAUAAACUAAGAAACUGCCAUAUAGCAUGUAAUGAACAUGAAAGCAACCCACAUAGUGACAGAUAAGGAACAGUAAUAUUGGUCACGCUAGUUCAGAGGUGCCCAACCUUUUCUCACCUGAGGGCUGGACUGGACAUAUAAAAAAAUCUUGCGGGCCGGAACAUGGCUGUUUUAUUAGAAUCAUCACGACGUUAAAAAUGAAUUUAUGUUUGUGUCUGGUUAAAAUGAGUGGGUCGGAUGAAGCCCGUGGGCUGUAGUGCUAAUUUCACCAUCCAAUGCUUUUUUAUAAGUUCAAAAACAAGGCAGGCUAAUUUCACUGCAGUCCUUUUUGUAACAAAUCAAGCAUGAUCGGGUAGACAGCAGCAUAUUCCUUGCCUUGUUUUUGUCGAACAACUUUGGCAUAGGCUUCCAGAGCGCCUCUGUGAAAAAAAGGAGUAAUAAAUCAAAAUGUGUUCUUUCUCCUGCA